AUGGGAGGAAGUGAUGUAGCUGCUUCUACUUGUGACAUAGAAACUCCAUCGCAAACCAGAACGGAGAAGUUGGGAAGCGUGUCUGCCCCGUCCCCUUUGCGUUGCAUCUUGUCUCCCCCGUCCCGUUUCCGUUGCAUCCACCAGGUUCCUGAUCGAUUCCGCUGUGAACGCGAAAAGGACUACACACCUCGUGUAAUCUCUAUAGGCCCAUAUCAUCAUGGAAACAAAUCCUUGAAGCGCAUGGAAGUUCACAAAAAGAGGUACCUAGAUUGUUUCAUGGAGCGAAGCCAUUCAAAACAGAAUGAUUACAUAGAAAAAAUAAGAGGCCAAGAAGAAGAACUGCGGAAGUGUUACACAGAGACCAUUGAGCUUACCAGGGAUGAAUUUGUCACAAUGGUUUUAGUCGAUGCCAUCUUCCUUAUCGAGUUCUUACUUAGGUACCCGCACGGUGACUCGGAAGAUAAAAAUGACUACAUCUUUGAAAUACCAAUGAUGCUCCCGGAUGUCCAGACUGACUUGCUGAUGCUUGAAAAUCAGCUUCCACUCUUCAUUCUGGAGGACCUUUUCAGCCUGUACAAUCCUGAGUCAGAUGGAGGUGCUAAGCGGCUUUCCAUAGAGUUUCUUCUUUACCAGGCCGGUGGCAGUUUCGGGGUAAAGUUGGGAGGCAAAAUUCAUGGUGAGACGUCAAUCCCGAACUUGUUUGCCAUAAGAUUCGAUGAUAAAUGGAUUCUGAAGAGCAGGAUUCCGAAGAACGGGAUUCUGAAGAUUCCAAAAUUGAAGAUAAAUGAUUCAACGGAGCUUAUACUUCGAAAUUUAAUUGCCUUCGAACAAUGCAGUAUGUCUAAUCCUAUCAUAUGUCAUUAUGUUAUCCUCAUGGAUAUGUUGGUGGACAGUUCAAAAGAUGUGGAGUUGCUUGUUAAGCACAAAAUUAUUGAAAAUGAUCUCUUAGGUGACGAUCACGAGUUGUCUAGCAUGAUCAACCGCCUUUCUAAGCGGAUUGUGCAUGUGACCCGGACAACUUCUAUUAUGGUGCUCUUUGUGGAAAGAUGGACAAGUUCUGCAAUUCGAAUUGGCCCAAAUGGAUGA